AUGUGCUGGAUGACACUGGCGAUGGUGAUGAUGAGUGAAGAAGAAGAAGAGGCAGCAGAGACGAAGGGUUUAAGAAGAGACGAUGAUGACGGGGAGGAGGAGGUUGGAGGUUGGCGGUUGGCGGUUGGAGGCAGACGAUUUGCCCUGGAGGUCCCGGAGGUCGGAGCGGAUGAUGGGGUCACUGGUUGCUACCUAGCUACAGAGAUAAGGGACAGAGACAGGGACAGCCAGAAGGGAGGAAAGCUUCGAGUUGUCAUAUCCGGGGACAGCUCCAGCAGCUCCAGCUUCGCUCGCUGA